GAUCCCAUUUUAGCGGGAACAUCUUAUUGUUGACAUUGGAAGGGAGAUAGAGAAGGGAAAAAGAUGCCUGGCAAAACAAUUCCACCGAUCACGACGGAAAUCGUGGAAAAGCUGAACGAUUUGGAGGAAGAAUUUCGAGAUGGUGAUGUUACAGAGAAGGGAUAUUGGAAAAAGAAAUGCAAGCUUUUUGAUGGCUAUCUGCCUGAGGAUAUUGGCAAAAUUAUCACAGGGCUUGAAAAGGGGCUAAAGGAGAAUAUCAUUACAGAGAAAGGAUACUUCAAGAAUCUAAAAAAGGUGUUUGACAAAGUCUAUGACAGUGAAAAUGGUGUGCUAAUUGAGAUGGAAGGGUCAAGCAAGAAGACAGGGAAUGACCUAAUAGAGUGCGAGAACGGUGACCACAGGCAAAAUGGGGACAAGGUGUCAAAGGUCAUGAAGAAUGAGUCAACAACAGAGUCCCUACCGAAGAAAAACGGAGAUACCGCUAAAGCUGAAGACUCUAAGUCUGAAGAGGAAUGUGAAGUAGAAGAGAUGGAAGUUGAUGAAAGUAAAGUUACAGCAGCCAAAAGCAAACAAGACAGGAAGUCAAAGAUGUCAAAUCAACCAUCAAUUACCACCAUGUUUUCAAGAACCCCAGGAAAAAGGAAGUCCGUAGCUGACCAAGAGACCAAUGUUGUCGUUGAGCAGGAAAAGGAACUGAAAAAGGUGAAACUGGAUGAUGAACCAAGUGAAAGGAAAGACUCGGAGGGUGGUAUAAAGAAAGUUGAAGAAGAAAUUCUACCCAAGGCCCCGCCUGCCAAGUGUCGGGAAUGUAAACAAUUAUUGGAUGACUCGGAUCUUCGCAUGUUUCCAGGGGACCAAGAUUCUGCAGUUGAAGAAUUUAUAGCUUUGACAAAUCCAAAGCUCUCUGUUUUUACUGGGGAAGAGGAAGAAAUUCAUUCCUAUGAUGAGCGACCACAACACAAAAUCACAAACUUCAGUGUAUAUGACAAGAACACCCACCUUUGUCCGUUUGAUACAGGACUGAUUGAGAAGAACAUCUAUCUGUACUUCAGUGGAGUUGUCAAGCCUAUCUAUGAUGAAAACUCCAGUCCGGAAGGAGGGAUACUAGCCUGCAAGAUGGGUCCAAUCAAUGAAUGGUGGACGGCAGGAUUUGAUGGUGGAGAAAAUGCUCUUAUUGGAUUCAGUACAGCAUAUGCAGAGUACGUUUUAAUGUCACCUAGCGAUGCUUACAAACCUUAUAUGGACACGAUGAAGGAGAAGGUUCACAUGAGUAAAGUUGUCAUUGAAUUCUUACAAAACAACCAGGAGGCCACGUAUGAGGAUCUUCUCAACAAAAUUCAGACCACAGUGCCCCCCACAGGGCUUACCAGUCUAACGGAGGACUCCUUACUCAGACAUGCUCAGUUUGUCGUGGAUCAGGUUCAGAGUUACGAUGAAGCAGCAGAAGACGACGAGGGCUUACUUAUCACAACGCCCUGCAUGAGAGCCCUCAUCAAACUGGCGGGAGUCACACUUGGAAAACGGCGUCAGAUGAGGAAAGAGCUGAGGAAAACCAAAGACAAGGUGAAAAAGCCAGCAUUCACUAUGGCCACGACAACGAAGCUGGUGUCCCAAAUUUUUGACAGUAUAUUUCAGGGUGAGAUUGAUGAUAAAAGUGGGCAGGGAUCCAAGAGGCGGAGGUGUGGGAUAUGUGAGAUCUGCCAACAAGCUGACUGUGGAAAGUGUGCUGCCUGUAGAGACAUGAUCAAGUUUGGUGGAUCUGGGCGAGCUAAACAAGCCUGUAUCAAUAGGAGGUGUCCAAACAUGGCCAUGAAGGAAGCAGAUGAAGAUGACAUUCUAGAUGAUGACGAUAUUGAUGACAAGUUAGAUACUAAGGGAAACAAAGAAAUCACGACAAUAAAGAAACACAAGACUGUUCUGAAUACCAAGACAAAACUUUCCUGGAUCGGUGAGCCAAUUCAUACAGACGGAAGGAAUUCUUACUACUCCGCUGUGUCUAUAAAUAAUGAAAAGGUGAGCCUUGGUGACUUUAUUUCCAUCAAGCCUGAAGACUCUGGCAUUCCUGUGUACAUUGCCAUGGUGAAUUACCUCUGGGAGAAUGCCAGUGGCAACAAAAUGUGCCAUGCUCAGUGGCUGUGCCGAGGAAGUGACACAAUACUGGGAGAGACAGCUGACCCCCUAGAACUCUUCUUAGUCGAUGACUGUGAAAGUAUCAAACUAGAGUCAGCUCUCAAGAAAGUGAAAGUUUUACACAAGGACACGCCCCCUGACUGGUUUAUACAGGGAGGUAUAGAACAUCCUGAGAAGGAGUUUCCAGUAGAAGAUGAUGGCAACACUUUCUUCUAUCAGAAGUGGUAUGACCCAGAUUUGGCCAGAUUCGAGGACAUACCCACACCUGAAAAACCCGAGAACCAGAGACCUCACAAGUUCUGCUUAAGUUGUGAAAGACUGGACCAGCUCAGGAAGAAGGAGAAUCCGUCCCUGGGAGCAGAGUUGGAGAACGAGAACUCCUCUCCCACUAAGGCGUUUUACAGCAGUGUCACACGGGAUGCAUUCGAGUACAAAAUUGGGGAAUGUUGUUACAUCGAGCCCAGCGCCUUUGGAUUCAACGUUAAACAUCCUCCAGUCAAGAAGGCGAAAUCUGAAAGGAAGGAGGUGGAUGAAGAAUUAUACCCUGAGGCUUACAGGAAGGGGGAAUACAUCAAGGGGUCAAAUGAGUCCCUCCCAGAACCCUUCAGGAUCGGACGGAUACUGGCCAUCUUCUGCAAGAAGUCUCCCGGGUCAAAGAUAGCUAACUUAGGGGAGAUCAAGGUUAAGGUGGCGAAGUUCUACAGACCAGAGGAUACACAUAAGGGGUCUGCGGCAGGUUACCAUACCGACAUGAACAUGCUGUAUUGGUCAGAUGAAGAGGCUACAGUGGACUUUAAGUUAGUAAAGGGAAAAUGCCAGGUGAUGUACAGCGAAAAUCUGAAGAGUUUGGAGGAGUACUUUGAAGGUGGCAUGGACAGAUUCUACUUUACAGAGGCCUAUGAUUCUGAGACAAAAACAUUUGAGGAACCCCCUCGCCAGGCCAGAAUUUCUGGAGGAAAGGGUAAGGGCAAAGGAAAGGGUAAGGGAAAGAGUUCUGGUCCAUCAGUGGAGGAGACUGUAGAACCAAGGAGAGCCAGCUUCAAACGCCUGAGGACGUUGGAUGUGUUUGCAGGGUGUGGAGGAAUAUCUGAAGGAUUCCACCAGGCUGGUGUAGCCGAGUCGUGCUGGGCGAUCGAGAAGGAGGAGCCGGCAGCACAAGCAUUCCGUCUCAAUAAUCCGGGGUGUACUGUGUUCACAGACGAUUGCAAUGUCCUUCUAAAGCUUGUCAUGGAGGGAGAGAAGAAGAAUGAUAUGGGUCAGAAGUUGCCUCAGAAAGGGGAUGUAGAACUCCUUUGUGGGGGUCCACCCUGUCAGGGAUUCAGUGGAAUGAACAGAUUCAACUCCAGGGAAUAUUCCAGAUUUAAGAACUCGCUUAUUGCCUCCUACCUGAGUUACUGUGACUACUACCGACCACGAUUCUUUCUGUUGGAGAAUGUGCGGAAUUUUGUCUCCUUUAAGCGCAGCAUGGUACUGAAAUUGGCGCUGCGUUGUCUGACUAGGAUGGGGUACCAGUGCACGUUUGGUGUCCUACAGGCUGGUACUUACGGAGUCCCACAAACUCGUAGAAGGGCGAUUAUACUGGCUGCUGCUCCUGGAGAAAAGCUGCCAUUUUUCCCAGAGCCUCAGCAUGUCUUUGCUCCCCGAGCCAUGCAGCUGUCAGUCCAAGUGGAUGACAAGAAGUUCAUGUCAAACAUCACCAGAGUGGAGUCAGCCCCGUUUAGGACGAUCACAGUCCGGGACACUAUGUCUGAUCUUCCAGAAAUCAGGAACGGAGCCAAAGCUGAGGAGAUUUCUUAUCAGGGGGAUCCCCAGUCUCAUUUCCAGAGGAUUAUAAGAGGAAAACAGCACCAGCCAAUAUUGAGAGAUCACAUUUGUAAAGAGAUGAGUCCUUUAGUGGCAGCCAGAAUGCAGCACAUUCCCCUCGCCCCAGGGUCAGACUGGAGAGAUCUUCCCAACAUUGAGGUCCGGCUCUCGGACGGGACAAAAUCAAAGAAAUUGCAGUACACUCACCAUGACAAGAAGAAUGGCAAAAAUUCUGAUGGGUCACUUCGAGGCGUGUGUUCAUGUGUAGAGGGUAAACAAUGUGAGACAAUGGACAGACAAUUCAAUACCCUGGUUCCCUGGUGCCUACCCCACACAGGCAACCGCCACAACAACUGGGCGGGGCUAUAUGGACGAUUGCAGUAUGAUGGGUUCUUCAGCACCACUGUUACUAACCCAGAACCAAUGGGAAAACAGGGAAGGGUAUUACACCCAGAACAACACCGAGUGGUAAGCGUGCGAGAAUGUGCUCGAUCACAGGGAUUCCCUGACACCUACAGGUUCUUUGGCACUAUACUUGACAAACAUAGACAGGUGGGUAAUGCAGUUCCACCACCCAUGGCCCGGUACAUCGGUUUGGAGGUCAAGAAAUGUUUAGAAUGGAAGACAGCACAGAAUGUUGACAUGGACACUGCUGAGGAGGUUAAAGGUGACAAAAAGGCUGAAGUCAAGGUCACAGAGGAGUCACCUUGCAAACCAAGUUCCUCAGCAGAUUGAGGUCAUUAAAGAGGGGAAAUUUGUAAAAUUUAGAAAACAAGAAUGUGUUGAUUUAAAUCGGAAAGUAAUAAAAUUGUACUAAGUAAGAAGACACAGUGAUAAUUUAAUAAAAGAAUAAAAUGUGUAAUUGAUGACUCCAAUGGUUUGAAAUAUGAUAUAAUUCAUAUUCAUUUUCAAGGUCAGUGGGACCACAAUCAUGUAAAACAUCUUUGGUCACUAUAUAGAAACAAAGUUGAUUUGUAUGUAAAUAGUAAAGAACUGUGAUAACAGAAUUGCAUUCUUGUUUAGAAUAAGUUCUAAAAGUAUAUAUUUUUAUCCAUUAUGAAAUACCCAUCUGCUUUGACAGUUGGCUACAAUGUUUUAAUAUUUCACUACAAUGCGUUCUCACUGCAUUGUAUUAAUGCAUGUAUUAAGGUUACAUUUUGUUAUAAUUACUCUAUAUGUUACCUUUGCAUUGUGUUGACAUUGCUAUCUGUGAAAUUAAAUUUGUACAUUACAAUGUG